AUGGAUUUCGUUCCCGAUCAUCCCGGGCCUCGAGGGAAUGGCACCCAACGAGGCCAUUCUUCGAGUGUGCAGCCGCAUUCGCACCAAAACAGCUUUGACCAGUACGGCGGAAACGGCGGGAUCGGCGGGAUCGGCGGAAUGGGCGAGGGCGACGGGAUUGGCUUAAGCGGCAGAUACCGAGCAGCAGUACCGCCCCAGAAUCUUCCCCCAGAUUUGGACCCGUGGGAAAUGGCGAACGCUUGCGACCUUUGGGCGGAAACUUACGAGGGGCCGAUUCCCGGGACCGGCGCGCCGGGGCCUGAUGUGUCCCGUUUCGGCACAACCGGCGACGGAACUGCGUGGGCGAUUCCAGUCGGCGACGACGACUAUUACGACGACGGCGCGUCGUCACUCCCUCCGUUCCCCGCGGAAGAGCGGUACGAGGAGGCGAUUUACGAGUCGACUCAAGAAUCGGCGUCACUGCCUCCGCUCAUUGCGGGAGCGGGAGCGCCGUACCAGGGCCUCGGCGCGCUGAACCGCUCCGCGACGACAUCCGACCUCGCGACUCCCGCGAGACGCGGCGGUGGAUAUUUUGAACCCGAGCCGACGAACUUAGCGGCGGGAAGAGCUGAGAUGACCACCCGCAAGGGCAGGCGAUCAUUCGACGCGCGCCUCGACUACGAUUCUAGAGACGACGACGCGUUAACGUCGCGCAUCGGCGGCGGCGUGUCAGGCGCUCACGUAGCGGGAGCGGCUUUUCGCGACGUGGCGGAUGGGGCCUUUGUCGCAGAGGGAGCAUCGCAGCAGUGGGACGGCGUCGCAGAUGUCGCAGAUCAUGUCGCCAUGCAGGAUGCGGCGGGCAGCCGCUGGGAUGCGAUGAUGGCCGAAGGAGGGGAGGAUGAGGAGGAAUGCGAGGAGGAAUGCGAGGAGGAAGAGGAGGGGGAAGAAGAGGAGGAAGAGGAGUGGGACGAAGAAGAGGAGGGCGAAGCUGAGGGCCACGAGGAGGCGGGAGAGGAAGAGGACGAGGCCGAUCUGUGCUUGAAUCGAGCCAAGACCCUCCCGCUGCUUCACGUUUCGCGCACUGCGUCGUCGGAAAAGUCGGCGGAGCGAGGCUUGCCGGGGACGACGAUGGGCGCUGGCAAUACGGCUGGCGACGAGGGAGACAACGACGAUGACCUGUAUCCUGCUCACACACACGCUGCUGCUGCUGCUGCCGCUGCCGCUGCUGCAAACUAUGGUGCGGAGAGGAGUCCGAACGGCCGAUUCACAGGGGCUGUAGCGGGUGGGGGAAUAGCAGGCGCGGAUGUAGCAGAGUGGGUACCGCCGCCCCCAGGAGCGCCCCCCCCUCAGCUGUCACCUGGGUGCCAGCGUCCAGGGGCGGAUGUAGCGGCCUGGAUAUCACCUUCCCCAGUUGGCACCGGGAAGCAACGCGUGCACCGCCGCACAGUCUCUGACCUCUCUGAUGUGAUGCCGGCUGGGGUUGCUGGCGCUGACAUGGCUGUAGCGGCUGCUAUAGCCAGCGGGAACGCUGCGGCAGGUGUUGGGCCGGCUGGGCGUGCUGUUGCUACAGCCGGAUACGGCAAUUCUGACAGCUAUCGUGGGGUCGGGGUGAACGUGCCGUGUAGCAGAAGCAGCAGCGGCGGCAGUGCUGUGCCUGUGAUGGUGUAUUCAGGGGCGAACAGGGUAGGGGAGGGGGCGAACAGAGGAGGGGAGAGUCGAAGAUGCAUGGAGGGAGUGGGUGCCCGGCCGAAUGUGGCAUCAGGCUCUGCUUCUGCUACUGCUACUGCUCGUGUUGGGGCCAAUAAGCGGCUCAACUCCCUUGCUUCCGUCGCCAAGGCGCUUGGGGCGUUUGAGAAGCAGACUGAGAGGUGGAAGGAGCAGCAGGCGCUGCUAAAAGCGCAGGAGGAGGAGGAGGAGAAGGAAGGAGAGGGAGCGGAAGCUGGAGGAGGGGCAGGGAAGCGGGAAGGGGAAGGCGGAGAUGGGGGGUCAGGGGGAAGUGGAGCUGCGCCUAAGACCCCGAAAGCCGCUGCCGCUGCUGCUGCUGCUGCCGCCGCUGCCACUGCUGGUGCUUCAGGCGCUGGCGUUGCUUCUGCUCCCGAUGCUGGUGCUUCUGCUGGUGCUGGCGCUGGUGCUGCGUUUCCCGCGCGCGCGAACACGUUUUCCAGAGCAGCAACUACGGGGCUUGUUCCGCCCAAAACGCCCACCGCAUCGCAGCCGUUGAAAGGCCUCGCAGCACAGUCGUUCAAAGCAUCUCAGCCGUCCAAAGGGCCACAGCAGCAGCCCAAGACACCAACAGUCCAACGAAGCUCCACAGGAGCGUGGGGGGGGAAAGGGGCAGGAGGAGCAGGAGCAGCAGGAAUAGGGGCAGGAGGAGCAGGAGGAGGAAUAGCAGGAGCGUUUGGAGUGGGAGGGAAAGAACCAGGAGGAUCAGGGAGAAUGGCACCCUUAAACCUAACACCACUGGUGUUACAGGAAGAACCCCAGCUGCACCUAGUGCCGCCUGGCAGGAAAGCAGGCGCUGCAGCAACAACCGGACCCUCUGUGAGAGGCACCAGGACUCCUGGGGGGAGGCUGCAGCGGCAGAUGAGUGACGAUGAGGAGGAGGAGGGGGACGGGGAGAGGGGGAAUGGGAGAGGAGCGGGGGAGGGUGAUUUGGGAAGGUCGGGCUUAGGUGUUGGUAAGCGGGCGGGUGUGACGGCCCCUAUGACUCCUAAAGGAAGGCUGCAGCGGCAGAUGGAUGAGGAGGAGGACGAUGGGGAGGGUGUGAGGCUGAAGGCAGGUAAGAAAGGAGGAAGGUUGCAGCGGCAGAUGGAGGAGGAUGAGGAGGAGGAAGGGGAGGGUGUAAAGGCGAAGGCGGGUAAAAAAGGAGGGAGGCUGCAGAGGAGGAUGGAUGAGGAGGAGGAUGAGGAGGAGGGUGUAAGAGCAAAGGCGGGUAACAAGGGAGGUGUUGAUGCUAGCGUGUCAGUGCCUGUUGCUCCUGCUAAGGGAGGCAAGAAAGGAGGAAAGCUGCAGAGGAGCUUAGACGAGGACAGUGAGGAAGAGAAGGAGGAGGGUGCGAGGAAACGGGAGGGGAGGCGCGUGCAUGGGAAAGAGGAGAAGGGCAAAGAGGAGCGGAAGGCAGGUUCGGGCUCUGCUUCGGGAAAAGCAGGUUCAGCUAGUGCUUCGGGAAAAGCAGGUUCGCCCAUGGCUGAGGGAAAAGAAGUUUCAGCUGUUAGUGCAGGCAGGCAAGGGAGCAAGAGGGAGGGGGGGAGGCUGGAGAGAAAGAUGGAGGAGGAGGAUGAUGUGAAUAGAGGGCGAGGGGAUGAGGGCGAGAUGGGGGAGACGGAUGGCGGCAGGAGCGGGGUUGAGUGCGGUGGGGGUGAAUGCAGUACGCGAGAGGAGGGGGAGGAGGAGGGGGGAGGGAAUGAGGGGCAAAUUGCUGGUGAGGGAAGGAAGGGGAGGAUUUCUGGGUCUUACGAGGGGGAUAGGCGCGAGGGUAAGGCUUCAGGAAGGCUGCAGAGGAAGAUGGAUGAUGAUGGUGGUUGCGAUGAGGAAAAGGAACGCUCUGAGUUGGCUCAAAAGGGUGACAGGCGUGAGGGUAGGGCUUCAGGGAGGCUGCAGAGGAGGAUAGAUGAUGAUGAGAGUGAUGAGGAGAAAGGGGUGAGUGGAUCGAGAAGGGUGGGUGGUAAGCCGAGGAGCCAGGCUAGCACUCCCAAGGGAGGGAAGAGGGCCGGGAAGAGUCAGUCCUAUGUUGAGACUUCUCCAUUGUCUCAGAAUUCACCGUCUCAAAACGCCAAAGGAGGGCCGGAUGGCCCGUUUAAACGGGUCGGAUCGUUGGGUGCUUUGGGUGGGGAUGAGAGGGGAAAUCCUGAGAGUGAGGGGCAGGGAGAGAGGGAGGGGGAGAGGUUGAGGAGAAAGAAAGGGAGCGGGGAUAUGGACAGGGAAAGGUGGUCGAAAUGGAGUGGGGAUAUGGAGAGGGAUCGGAGGUCUAAGGGGAGUAAGGGGAGUGGAGAUUUCGAGAGGGAUGGCAGGAGGUCCAAGGAGCAGGAGGAGCAGCAGGCAAAGGAGGAAGAGGAAGGGGAGGGGAACGAGGAGAAGGAGGAGGAAAGUGACAAGGUGAAGGGGAAGGAGACGACGGAGAGGGGGGAGCAGGAGGAGGAGAAGAAGGGAGUAAAAGAGGAGAAGGAGAGUCCAAAGGAGAGGCGCAAGGUGAGUAAACUGCUGCGAAGGCUGGAGGAUGAUGAGACAGAUGAGGAGGUGUGUGUGAAGGAAAGUGCGAAGGAGAGUGAGAAGGAGCGUGAGAAGGAGGGUGAGAAGGAGCGUGAGAAGGAGCGUGCAAAGCAUAGGAAGGUGGGCUCUCAGGGAGAGGAUGUGAGGAGGAUCGGUUCAGAUGUGAGAAGGAUCGGUUCAGAUGAGACAGACGCGAGCAGGAUAGGAGGGAGUGGGAGAAGAGGGAGUGGGAGGAAGGCAGGUGCAGCAGGGAGUGGUUCUGCUAGAAAGGAGGUUGGGAGCAAUCGGAAAAGUAGGUUGGGGGAGGUGGGGAGGGAGGACGGCAGGAAGACGGAGGAUGAGGGGGAGAGGGAGGGGGAGAAGAAGAGGAGAGGAAAGGAGGAUAAGGCAAGAGAGAAGAAGGAGAAGGACGGGGGGAAGAAGGGUGGGAGCAAAGGCAGUGGGAGGAGGGAGAAGGGCGAGAUUCCUCUGAAGGCCACACGUUUGUUUGCAGAUACUAACACCGAUUGGAAUGCGGGUCCUUCCUCUGCUGCUACUUCCGAUGGGCUGCCUUGCAAGUCUCCUAGAAGCAUUCGCGAGGGCUCUUUCUUUGGCAGCCUGAGCAGCUUCCGAUUCGCGCCUGACGUUCGCUCGCUCUGGUCUCGAACCAAGACGAUGAAUGAGCGCGAUGGGGAGGAGCGGAAGAGGAAGGAGGAGAAGCGGCGGAAGGAGGAGGGGGGAGGAGAGGAGGAGGAGGAAGGGGGGAAGGGGAGGGAGGGAGGGGAGAUGGGCCGGUCUUGGUCCCGGACUAGGACGAUAAACGAGGGUGAUGAGGAGGCGAGGAAGAGGGAGGAGAGGAGGCGGAGGAAGGGGAGUAAUGGGGGAGACGAGGAGCAGGAGGGGAGAGAGGGUGGGGAGUUUGAGCGGUCUUGGUCUCGAACCAAGACCAUGAAUGAGGGAGAUGGGGAGGCGAGGAAGAGGGAGGAGAGGAGGAGGAAAGACAGCGCGGGAGAGGAGGAACUGGAGGGGGGAAAGGGGAGGGAGGGAGGGGAGAUGGGGCGGUCUUGGUCCCGAACUAGGACGAUGAAUGAGGGGGGUGGGGAGGCGAGGAAGAGGGAGGAGAGGAGGCGGAGGAAGGGGAGUGGAAGUGGAGAGGAGGGGAGUGGCAUCGGUGCUUCUGGGAUGGAUGAAGUUGGUGUGAACGAGGGCGGGAACGGCAGCACUGAGGGGCGGUUUAAGGCAAAGGAGGAGGGUGGGUCAAGGCGUGCGGGUAAGGACGGGAAAGGUGAGCGAACGCUCUUAAUUGACACAGGCAGUGAUAGCGAGGAGCAGGAGGAUGGGAGGGAUGCGCAGGCAGAAGGGGAGGAAGGAGGCAAGGAGGGUGAGAAGGAGCAGGGGCAGCAGGGAAAGCUGUUCAAGGUAGAGGAGGAGAAGCGAUUGCUGCAGCUGCAGCUGCAACAGCUGGAGGAGCAGCAGAGGCAGCUAGAGGCCGAGGUGGAGCGGCAGAGACAGCUGCUGGGAUUGAGCAGUGGGGUGGUUGACAGUUAG